CUAAGGAAGAAGAGUCGCCAUUUUACAGAGCUUAUUUGCGGUGUGGAAGUUGUUGCGCAGUUAUUUUGGAGAACAUACAAAUAUCCGUGGACAUUAUUUUUCCUCUGUUAACAAGGUUAGCCUUUCUACAACUUUCGGAUAACCAUGAGCGACGUUGAGGAUACGCACUUCGGUGGAAGAGGAUCCCGUUCUCCAUCGAAAUCUGAUUGUGGCAGCCCAGUGCGUGUGAAGUCUGAGAGUCGGUCUGCAUCUGGUAGUCCUUCAAGAGCUUCAAAACGAUCAGAGUCCAGGUCAAAAUCAAGGUCCAAAUCAAGAUCGCGCUCUAGGAAGCAUUCUCACAGGAGGUAUUCACGGUCAAGGUCCCGCUCACACUCGCACAGGAAGAAAUCCAGAAGCCGCUCGUACUCGCCUGAAUGCCGUCGCAAGAAGAGCCGGAGCACCUCCCCAAUGUCAAAUCGGCGCAGACAUGCAGGCAGCAGGACAAGAUUCAGCAAUGACAUCAAAAAAGAGUCGAGCAAUCAUAGUGAUGCCAGGCUUUUCCACCAGGCAAAUCCUGACCCAAACACCUGUCUUGGUGUGUUUGGGUUAAGCCUGUACACAACGGAGAGGGACCUGCGCGAAGUGUUUUCCCGGUACGGACCACUGGCUGGCGUGAAUGUUGUCUAUGAUCAGAGAACAGGACGGUCAAGAGGAUUUUCAUUUGUGUACUUCGAAAGAAUUGAUGACGCCAAAGAGGCAAUGGAACGUGCCAAUGGAAUGGAGCUUGACGGAAGGCGGAUACGUGUGGAUUACUCAAUCACCAAACGAGCCCACACUCCUACUCCUGGCAUUUACAUGGGAAGGCCAACUCACAACGGCGGUAGCAGUGGUGGCGGUGGUGGUAGCAGCGGUAGUAGUAGUGGAGGACGUCGCCGUGAUUCCUAUAACGACCGAGGAGGCUACGACCGAGGAGGUUAUGACCGAGGAGGCUAUGACCGAUACGAAGAGUAUGAUAACAGAUACAGUCGGAGGCGAUCUCCGUCUCCUUAUUACAGUAGAUGCAGAUCCCGUUCUAGAUCUCGCUCCUACAGUCCUCGACGGUAUUAAAGCGGAUAGAUUCAGCUUGGGACAUUUCUUGUUUCUGAAGUUGUACAACUUUUUUUUUUUUUUUUUUUUUAACUUUUUGUUCUGAACUACUUAGACAUUGUGAAGUUGAGUUCUGGAAAAUGAUCAUCAUACUUAUCUGAUGUUUUACAGUUCAGUGCAACUUAAAUGUAUGAUUGCCAGAAAGGUCGCCCUGUUUUUUGUUAAGAUUUUUUUUUUUCUUCGUCAUGUUAACAUAUGAAUGCAUUUAGCUGCAUUGUUUGUGUGCAUAUUUGUAAAACGCAUUGAAAAAUAUGCAGAAUAAAAAGCUAUAAAUGCUA